UAAAAAUGUAUUUAAAAGUAAAAUAUUGUGAAGUGAUCAAAGAUACUUAUUUAUACAUUGUAAACGGUGCUUACAAUCCACAUAAAUUAAAAAAAAGAGGUCAAAAUACGCAAAAAUAGCCUUUAAAUUGUAGAAAUAUGGCGAAUACUGCAAUACCAAUCAUUAAUCAAACAUUAAUGAUGUCAUGGGUAAAAUUUCUUUUUUCCUACCGGCAGUCAAGUAUAUCAUUAUGUGUGAAGUAGUUUAUAAUCAUUAUCUUCAGCAUUCCACAGAAAUCGAUUAAAAACGGAAAAAACAACUUAUGUCUUCAUUGUAUAGUAUUUAACAUAACUGUUUCGCCCUAAUAUGACCUAUACAAUGUAGUGUGUCAGUGUGACGUAAAACCCAAUCAAACAAAUGAACAUAACGGUAGCUGUUAUAAGUGGAAAAAUUAGGUUAGCUCUUGAGAGCAACUGGUAAAAGUUAAAGUGGUAUUUAAGACAGUAAGACAAACUAUAUUUAUAUUCAGUUAUGAUUAACAGUACAAAACAUAAGCUUUAAGCUUGUAUCUGACAUGAACAAAAAGAUAAUAAUAAUAAAAAGAAAAAAAACAACAACACAUUUUAAGAUAAUAUUGCAUACAAUUAAUUCAUAUUGGCAUUGUAAUGAAAUCAGAGCAUUAACAAUGAAAAUACAGUCAUGUGUAAUGAAGUUAUAGGAUAUAGGAUAACAGGGUUUUAAAUAUAUACAUGUACAAUCAUAAUUCAAGGAAAAGAUAACUCAAACUAUUAACAGAAAAAGGAAUUAAGUGAAAUAGAACAUUAACUGGAAAACAUUUGAUGCACAUAGAGCAGUCAGUUAAAAAAAGUAGUAUUCUGAAACGAGUAUUCUACAUUGAAACAAGGCAAGCUAUUUAUUUGAGUAGAAAAAUCGCUUCUGUCACCAGGUUUACACCAGACAAAGUGACUCGCACUGGUUCACUGUUAAUUGCGGAAAUUUUAAAGCAGACCAUAUAAAGAUAGUUCAACCAGUUCUGCCUGUGGUACCAGGAAAUUAAAGAUAACCACAACAGUUUGAGAAAUGGAAGAUUUUGACAUGUUGCCUGUAAAUACGGGACUUACAAGUUCACAAGAAAACUUUCCUCAAAAUAUGGCUCUAGAGCACUUUCCUGGAAACAUUAAAGGGGAAAAUGUUAUAUCUACAAGUAUGAGGCAACAUGAGAAACAGAAUGCUGAGUUGUUAAAUGCCAAACAUUGUGGUAAUUUUAGCAUCGGACCAGAUUAUAAUGAAAGUUUUGAAAUGGUGAUGGAGAUUAUUGAUUCAGACACAUCAUACAAGCCAAAAAACACAGUAUGUGCUUCCCAAUGCAUAGAUAUUCAUAGGCCAUAUGAUGAUCCAUAUAUACCUGUCACUGGAUUAGGAGGAAUAAAAUUAAACCAUGGCUCCUUAAUGACAAGUAAAGAUAUCAUUGACGAAAACGGUGAUAUUGAUCUAAAAAAGAAAACAGAUGUUCAGAAGAAAUUACAAGUUGAGGAGGAACAGAUGGAAUCAAAAGGGAAAGACAAUUUCAACAUGGAAAAUCAGAUGCAUCUCCAUGUGGCAAACACUUUCUCAUUACAGAACAGUGUUUGUGCAAACACAAAUGAUACUAGUCAAGAGAACUACAGUAUUUCCUUAAAUAACACAUCAUAUGUCAAUUUAAGGGAAAUGAAGGGUGCAAACAGUAAUGACAAGAAAGUUGAAGAUGAAUUAGAUGAUUUGCAGUCUUUGUUAUCUUGGUUAAAUGAAGGGAAUUUUCCCUUUAGUAAUAGCAUUUCGGUUGAUGGUCAAAGCAAAGUGUUUGAUUGUCAAAGCCAAGGUUUUGAUGAUCAUAGAAAUGUUUUUCAUGGUCAAAGAAACACAUUUGAUGAUCAAAGCAAAGCUUUUGAUGGUAAAAAUACUAGGGUUGAUUAUGAUCAAGUCAAUACAUUAAAUGGUUCAUGCAACACUUGUUAUGGUCAAAGCAAAGCUUUUGAUGGUUUCUGUAAAUGUAAAUCUUUAAAUGAUCAACGCAAAAUUUUUGGAGGCCUAUGUUACUCCUCCAAUGGUCAAAGCAAAGCUUUUGGUAGUAAGAACAACACUUUUGAUGUUCGGCGCAAAACUUUUAAUGAUCAUAGUAAUGACUUAGUUGGUCAAAAUGAUUCAAUUUGUGUUCAUGCUUUUGAUGGCCAAAAUCAAUCUUUUGAUACUCAAAACAGUGGUUUAAAUGGUGAAAGCAAUGCUUUUAAUGGCCAAAAUGACACUUUUCAUGUUCAAAACAGUGGUUUAAAUGGUGAAAGCAAUGCUUUUAAUGGCCAAAACCAAGCUUUUCAUGUUCAAAACAGUGGUUUAAAUGGUGAAAGCAAUGCUUUUAAUGGCCAAAACCAAGCUUUUCAUGUUCAAAACAGUUGUUUAAAUGGUGAAAGCAAUGCUUUUGAUGGUAAUAGGAGGAUUAACAAUGGUCAAAGCAAUGUUUCUGAUUGUUGUAUCUCUGCAGGAGGUAAAAUUUCUCCUGCUGAAGUUUGUUAUUCUAUAAAUAAAACAGAUUCACAACCAACAGUCAUCCCCGUUAUAAAACUUUCUUCUCUUUUAGCUGCCAAAAAAAAUGGCUCACUGGAGGGUGUUUUACUUUUUACAACUUCAGAAUCUGAUGAUUCUAUGAGGUCAUUUGCAGAUACAAAUGCUUAUCCUAAGAAACUUGCCGAACCUGCUGGUUUUGGAUAUCCUGGUUAUAAAAGCAAUGGAUUAGCAAUCAACUUGAAUCUUGAAAAACGAAAUGCUAAGGCCAACUUCCUUCAGAAUCAACAAUUUAAGAUGGUUCAAGGGAGUAAUAGCAUUCUAAAAUCAGAAGCACCUCUUGAAAUGUCCACAUACACCUAUGAUGAUAAUAACAGUUCUGUGAAUGAUAAUGAUAUUCACAGACCUGUCCAACAUUAUACAGCAGCAGAGUCUUGUUCUGGAUAUGGGGCAAUACACGAUACUUUUUCUGUAAAUACAACCUGUCAGUCCCAAAUAACAAGUUCUCACACAUCAGGGACAAUGUUAUCUACAGAAAGUGACGUAGCUUCCCUCUCUGAAAAUCAAAAUACAUCUUUCCCUCAAAAUCCCAUGGAUUCCAUCAUGGAAGAGCCAAGGGACGCAAACCAUUGUAAGAUUAAAAGGGAUUUGCAGUUAAAAAUUAAACAAAAAAUAACAAACUCGCAAGUUUAUGAACUUUAUUCUAGACACCACCCCUACCAAAAUGAUCAGCACUUACUUCCAAAUCUUCCAGAAUUUGAAAAUUAAAGGGGAGAAACUCUUUUAAUUGUGCUUUAAAAAAAGAACUUUUGCAUUUUAACCAUUAUUAAAUUAUAACAAGCAUAGUUUUUGAACAUGAUUUGUUUGUUUGUUUGUUUCAUUUUACGCCUUUUCCCAACAGUAUUUCAGUCAUAUAGACGGGUAGUUUAUUAACCAUCGUUCCUGGAGAGUUACACCCGUACUAGACUACCUUCCUCUGUGCUAAACUACCAACGAAAAUUUGUCAUAUGGUGGCAGAAUUGCUUACCAAUCCACACUGAUAGAUACUGUAUUAAAUUUCUUUAUAAAAUGUAACAUUGUAUAUCUUAUUUAAAGGAAGAAAAAAAGUAUUGAUAAUUGUGAUCUUGAGUGACUAGUUUUCCUGAGAUAUGUUUUACAUUUUGUACUUUAAACAUUAAUAAGCUUAAAAGAACAAGGAGCUGAAAUGAAUUAUAAAUAAAAAUUUGUGUAAUAGUAAAGAGUAAUGAGUGACUUUCUAACUAUUUUGACAUUUUUUGAUAUGGUGGGACAUUAAAAAACUUUUUAGAGAUAAACGUUAUAAUAAAUGUUGUGAAAUUUCAGGUUGUUUUCCAGAAUAAUUAUUCUAAUUGUGGAAAAUUAGCCCAGGUUGUGUUUUCACUCAAAUCUGGCUAGAUAUGGCACAAAAAUAUGAUUUUCAUUUUUUUCUGAGUAUAUUUCCUAAUCUUUUAUAUAUCUUUCUGUUUUAAGUGCUCCAGCUGAUCUAUGUAAGAAAUUAAACUUUUAUGUCUUUAGGUUUCAGGCUCUCAGUGGAGUUCCUUUAAGGUAGUCAUACUGUAACACUUUCCUGCCAAAAAAUUCUAACAUUGGCCCAUAUCGUUGCAAAUCGUAUAUUCCGGAACAUUAUUUUUUCAAGACUUGGAUAUUAGAUUAUUUACAAUCACUCAUUCCUUAUUGAUAUGUACUAAAUUCAGCUUAUAAAUGGUUAUUGAAUACUGUAAAUUGUGAAAAAUAACAUUCCAGAAAAGACCGACUUAUAACGACAUUGGCCAAUGUUAGAAAUUUGUUGGCGGGAAAGCAUUACAGUAAGACUAUCUAAACAUCAACACAUGUAAAAUAUUUCAAGUGAAUUUGUAUCAUUGCUAUUAUAUUAUGUAUGAUUGUUUUCAUUUGGAUAUAUAUUGUAUAUUUUUGGUGUGACAAGUUUCAUUGUCAGAGAGUACACAGAUCAAGAUCAUAUAAGGACAGUGUUGUUAGCUCAUGUCAGCAUGAUGUGAUAUAAAGCUGAGAUUUUAUCCCACUAAAUGAGCCGUGCCAUGACAAAACCAACAUAAUGCGUUUGCGACCAGCAUGGAUCCAGACCAGCCUGCGCAUCCGAGCAGUCUGAUCAGGAUCCAUGCUGUUCGCCACCAGUUUCUGUUAUAGAGUUUGUAAGCGAACAGCAUGGAUCCUGAUCAGACUGCACGGAUGUGUAGGCUGGUCUGGAUUCAUGCUGGUCGCAAACCCAUUAUGUUGGUUUUGUCAUGACACGGCUCAAAUAUCUUAUUUGGACUGCCCCAUCUUGCAAUCUUGACAAAACCAUUCAUCAUUUUUAGGGACAGUUUCAAAACAUAUAGUUAUUGACUUAAUAGCACAGACAAUGAUCAGAAUCUGUUACUGCCAGCAGCCAAUGAGUUAAGAUGGGCUUUUCUGUGUGCUUACAGUUUCUUUAAAUACGACAUUGCACUGCAAAUAAACUAUUCUUGUAUUUAUAUCACAAGAAUUGAAUUGUUUGAAACAUGUGUAUAAUAAAACUUUUAUUAAAGGGAAGUAAUAAAUAUUUUUGAAAUUUAAAUUAAGUUUAUAUAUAUUUGUUAACAUUUUUGGUUUGUUUUGCCUUGCAUUUCGUUUCGGGUAAGGUUUAGCAUGAAAUGACACAUUCCUAUAUUCAUUAAUAACUAUGAACUUUAUAAUACACAAUUGUGGUGAAUUUUUAUUAUGCAUGUAUAUUCACAUGAAGCCAUAUUUGAUAUUACCAUUGCAUUUAUAAAGAACAAAUUACUUGAAAAAAAUGUUUAUGUUUUGGGCUUGUGUCCAAUACAUGAAGCAAUAAGGAUAUUGUAUUGUAUUGUAGUGGUAUUGCAAUGCUUGGUAUUGUAUUAUACAUGUAUUUCAUUGAAUUGUAUUGCAUUGCAUUAGAAUGCAUUGGUAUUGUAUAAUUCAUUGGUAAUGUAUUGUAUUGCAUUGCAUUGGUAUUGUAUUAUAUUUGCAUUGUAUAAUUGCAUUGGUAUUGUAUUGAACUGGUAUUGUAAAAUGUAUUGGUAUUGAAUUAUAUUGUACUUGUACAAUGUCUAUUAUAUAAGAUGUCUACCUUACUCUAGAGAAAAAUCUAAUGUAUUGUCACUGUCAAAGUACCAUUGUUAUUUACCAGUUCUGAGUAAGAAAUUUCUUUCUAACUACUGUUUAUUUAUUUUAAGUAAAAUCUUUGCAUGUUUACAACUUGUCUUUGAGUAGUCUUAUAGUUUAAUUUCAGCAUUUUUUAAUGAAAAAUUCAACAAUUAAACGAAAAGCAUCAACAAAUAGAACAGUUUUAACCCGUAAACUGCUGUAACCCUUUGACACCAGCGUAGUGCUAGACCAGCCUGUACAACCAUGCAGACUGACCUGGCUCUACCAGCGUAGUGCUAGACCAGCCUGUAAAACCAUGCAGACUGACCUGGCUCUACCAGCGUAGUGCUAGACCAGCCUGUAAAACCAUGCAGACCGACCUGGCUCUACCAGCGUAGUGCUAGACCAGCCUGUACAACCAUGCAGACCGACCUGGCUCUACCAGCAUAGUGCUAGACCAGCCUGUACAACCAUGCAGACCGACCUGGCUCUACCAGCAUAGUGCUAGACCAGCCUGUACAACCAUGCAGACUGACCUGGCUCUACCAGCGUAGUGCUAGACCAG